AGCCAGGGCCGCUGGCUCCCGCCCGGGGGCGGCGGCGGACGGCGGAGGGGAAGAGCUCGGUGCGGGCAGGGGAACCCCCCCCGCGGGUCCGGCGGCGGCGGCGGCCCCUCCUCCCGCCGCUCCUCGCGUGCCUCCCCGCGGGUUUGUGGCGCUGCGCCGGGGGAGGAUGAACGGAGGAUAAAUGGUGCCCAAGGCAGACAGCGGCACCUUCCUCCUCCUCUUCCUCCUGGUGCUGAGCAUCACCGAGCCGCUGCGGCCAGGUCCACGUCUAGUUCUGGCAAGACUUCUUUCAGAGCUCCGCUGCACCCCAGGGCAGUUUGCGUGUCGGAGUGGUACCAUCCAGUGCAUCCCUUCAAAUUGGCAGUGUGAUGGAUGGCCCACCUGCGAGGACGAGAGUGAUGAAGUUGACUGUCCAGGACUGACAGGGGACCAGCGAACUUACCAUGGGAAGGAGAAUGUGGACCCCAGGCACAAUCGAGGGAGAGGAGGAGAGACAACCCGCUUUCACACUGUCAAUGUGGCACAACCUGUCCGAUUUAGCAGUUUCCUAGGAAAGUGCCCAACAGGAUGGCACCACUAUGAGGGCACAGCCAGCUGUUACAGAGUGUAUUUAAAUGGAGAGAACUACUGGGACGCUGUGCAGACAUGUCAGCGGGUGAAUGGAUCCCUCGCCACCUUCACAGCAGACCAGGAGCUAAGGUUUAUCCUGGCACAGGAGUGGGACUUGGAAGAAAAAACAUUUGUAAGGAAGGACCAGCGUAGGUUCUGGGUUGGAUAUCAGUAUGUGAUUACCAAUCGAAAUCACUCUCUAGAAGGUCACUGGGAAGUAGCUUAUAAAGGCUCUUCAGAAGUAUUUUUACCCCCUGACCCUAUCUUUGGUACGGCUAUGUCUGAAAAGGAAAACGUUCUUUGUGCCCAGCUUCAAUGUUUCCAUUUUCCUACCCUUCGGCACCAUGGUUUACACAGCUGGUAUGCUGAAAACUGCUAUGAGAAAUCUUCAUUCCUUUGCAAAAGGAGCCAGACUUGUGUUGAUAUCAAAGACAACAUUGUCGAUGAAGGCUACUAUUUCACUCCAAAAGGGAAUGAUCCCUGUUUGAGCUGCACAUGUCACAAUGGUGAACCUGAAAUGUGUGUGGCUGCUUUGUGUGAACGGCCCCAAGGGUGUCAGCAGUAUCGAAAAGACCCUAAGGAAUGCUGCAAAUUUACAUGCUUAGACCCAGAUGGCAACAGUUUGUUUGACUCAAUGGCUGGUGGAAUGCGUCUGAUUGUUAGCUGCAUUUCCUCCUUCCUCAUCCUCUCUCUGCUGCUUUUUAUGGUCCACCGGCUACGCCAGAGGCGGAGAGAGCGCAUAGAGUCUUUGAUUGGAGCAAAUUUGCACCAUUUUAACUUGGGCCGCAGGAUGCCUGGUUUUGAUUAUGGUCCUGAUGGUUUUGGAACUGGCCUUACUCCACUGCAUCUUUCAGAUGAUGGGGAAGGUGGGGCAUUUCAUUUCCAUGAUCCGCCUCCACCCUAUACUGCUUACAAGUAUCCAGAUAUUCAACACCCAGAUGACCCACCUCCUCCAUAUGAGGCUUCUGUCAAUCCAGACAGCAUCCUUUGUUCCACUCCAGAUGGAGUUCUCUCUCAGACUGUGCAAAACAGUCCUCCAUCACUAGGAAACUGUGAUGCAUCCCCACAGCUUACAGAGGGAUCGCUUCCUCCCUCAGUUGGUCCUUCUCCAGUGGAGCUGGAAGACUCUGCUGACAGCAGCACCUUUCUUGUCCCUCCUGACACAGUGCUAAGUGAAAACACUCCAGCAGAAACUCUUACGGGCAGCCGUCACAGCCACUGUUCUCUCAAUACCAUUGUAUAGAGGAGAAGAAAGCUGAUCACCGGUCAGAGAGAGUUUUAGCAACUGUUGCACAAACACUAAUCCGUGGUUUGAACUUCAGAAGGAAUCUCCACUUUGUUUUUGAACACUGCUUUUAUGUUCUAGUUUAGGAUUGUGCCUCUUGUUUUUUGGCUGUCAUUAUUCAUUCACUAAUCGGUUUGUUCUGUAAAUAUGGACUGUAUAACUGCUCUUUUUCUUCCAUUGGCUAUGGAAAAGAGUGCAGAGAAUUCCUUUGACUUCUAAGGAGGUGAAAAGUAUGGGUAGGGGUCAUAUUUUGUUGGGGUUUUUUCCUUAACCUGAGAGGAAACAAAAUCUACGUCAGAAAAAAGCUGCUUGGAUUUGGCUGGAUACCACUGGACCCAGGGAACAGGCGAUGGAAAAGGCGGGUGGGGGCAGUCACUGCUCAAUCAAUUGCUUUCUCUCAUGCUUCAGUGCUAUACUUGGAAAAGGCAGAGAAGAUGGAACUGCAGGGGAAAGGGUUGGGGCUUGUUUUACACAGCGGGAACACUGAGGAGCUAAAACACAUAGCACCAAGUAAGAGUUACACAGUAUAACACAUUUGCGUGUUUUGAUCUGCCUUGCUGUCUGAGAACACCAUAGGGACUGCAGGAUGAAUGAUCCAUGCAAUAUGUGACAAGUGGGUACUAAGAAAACUAGGAUUUGCAAUCACAAUUAUUGUUGGUAGCUGCAAAAUCUGAUGUUGUUGGGUAAACUUCUGGACCAUAAAGAACACUGGGUCUGUGUAAUGCUUGUGUCCGUUCAGUAGCAUCCUCAUACAUAUUAGGCAAUACUUUAGGGAAAAGAUGGGGAGCACUUAAAUUUGGUGCAGUCUGAUUUCUUAAAUUUGGUGCAGUCUGAUUUCACUGUAUGAAGCCCCUGUUUGUUAUAACCCCAUAAGGAAGAGUGAGGUGUUCUUGUAGUUCAGCUCCUGAACAGUUGCACAAGACUGGGCUGGAUAAAAGGCCAUUGUUCUUAUUGCAUGCUAUGUUUAGCAUGUGUAUUCCCUGCAUUUCACUUCUUUACAGUUCUACAAAUAACAUUGAAAAGCAGUGGUCAACACGGCCUAUACACGAUGUUUAAUUCUGAUUGGACACUUGUUCCUUAGCAGGGUCCCAUAAAUUGCCAACCCUCUUGCAGGGAUUUCCCCUGUGUCCCCCAAACCAUUUAUCCAGGUCCCACAAGGGAUUAUCACAAGGUUAGUGCACUUAAAUGAUUUUUAAAAGCAGUUUGCUUCAGUCAGAUAUGUCAUCUUAGAUUUCCCUCUUCGACUGUACUCUUUAAUUUACAGAUGGCAAAAUGAUUCAUUCACUCCCUCACUAAACCCAACGUCGAGCACUGUUUUGAUAUUGAAUACAAAAUAAUCCUUACAGGUGGUUUUACGUUUAAAUUUGGACUUCAGUGCACAAAUAAUUUACGCUUUCCCUUCAUUCUCCUCUUGCCUCUGCUUCUCCUUGACUUACUGUAACAGCAGAUGAGAUGCAUUAUAAGGAAUUUAUAAGAAUGCCCCUGUGAGUGUUCUUCUGUUACCUUAUGAAGGGCACAAGCCUAGAGGGACAGGAAGAAAACACUGCAUGGGGGUGUGUGUGAUCUAUUUUUCUAGUAAUGAUGAGAAAUCAUACUUGUAUGACAAAUCCUAACCCACUGUUGUGGUUUCCCAGUGCAGCUGACUCUUUCCCCAUUGAAUAUGCUGCUACUUUCUAUUCUGUUUCUUGCCUAUAGGCUAAUACUGUACUUGGGGAUUGGUCUUGACAAUUCAACUCCUUUUGCACAGAAAACUGAGCUAUUGAGUUCAUAUCUUGAUGUCUUGACAUUCAGACACUUGCUAAUGAUCUUGAAUCCAUCAGAGAGUGUGAAUCACAGUUCUGGGGUGUGCUGCUGGCACUCGAGCUGGAGGAAGCACUGUUAGGAAGCCUCAUCCGCCUGGAGCCGUACCACCGCCUGCCUUUUGACUGGCUCUAACAGCAGUGGUAUGAAGCGAGAGGAGCAGUUAUCCACCCUGUGGGAUCUCUUACUGCCUCCUCUUCCGAGUCCAAGUCCUGGUCUAAUGAAGUGGAUGGAUAGCAGUAGUCAGAACCAUGCAUACAAAUCGCUGAGCAUUUCUGAAGUAUGAAAAUAAAGCGGGUUUUGUGCGUUUUUGAGCACAUUCAUACGUUUUAUACAUUGUAUGUACUGAUUUUUCCUUAGUUUUAUAGGUACGAAUGCGUGUGUGCGUGUGUGUGUUUCUGGGUGGUGAUAUAUAUAUAUCUAUACAUACUGUAGAUCGUAACCUUUGUGCUGCGUCCAGCUAGGUGAAGCUAAGCACUGGGAUAUAAACUAGGCUCUUAGGGUUAAUACUUCUCUCAAGCUGGCUACACUCUGUUGUAGGACAGGCUGUGAUAGUGUACACUUAAGUAGGAUGUGAAGUCUGUGCUACUACAAUCUGUUCCUGACAAAUACUUCAUUAGCAGCGGGAAACAGAAAACUUUCAGUUUCUUUUGAAGCCAGAUGGAAUAUAUUUGUUCCUUGUAGUAUCCUAGCGCAAUAACGAAAGGCCUUUUGGCUUGGUUUAGUGUCUGAAGCUGUGUUUUGUGGCUGAGGUGAACAGAUGCCUUACCUCACACUUCUCCUAAUACUGUGGGAAUCUGUUCGAUGUUUUUCUAUUUUACUUUUGAUUCUGUGAUGAAUUUUAUUUGAAAAUAAGCUCUGUUACAACUGGCAACUUCACUGUGGCUCCUGGUUGUAGCUAUCCAAAUGGAGGCUUCUUUGUAGAAGAUUUGGUGUGAUAUUUUCCCCAUUGCUUCUGAGCCUUUCCCACUUGUAUGGUGGCACGGAGGCUGCUAUUGUUUGUCUUUUCCCCUAUCCUCUUUCCUCUUAACUGUAACCAAGGGAAAUUUUGCCUUGAACAGAGCAGCUCACUAAGUACAGCUCAUUUACCUCGGUGAGCUUCUAAUUUGGCAAUAAAAUUGUUUUGUUUUGGGU